UAUAUUACUAAUCGAGAAAUCAAGAUGGCGGCAGAUGCUUGCAAUGCAGUUACAAAUGAUAGACAUUUGGGAAAUUCGGUGAAUAAUGAAUUGGAGAGUGCUAAGAAACGGCUAAACUUUGUAGCUGAAUUUCUCAAGCAAUUGGAGAAACGUUUGCCUAAGACCUAAUUUCACAAACGUACCCAUGAGAAUAGGCUUUCUGCAAAAAUCGAGUCCUUAUUUGAAGAAGCUCACAAUGACUUUUAUGAGAUAUGGUGCCAUAUGAAUAAUGAAGGUCGAACAAAGGUUAAUUCUAAGGUGUUGAAAAAACUAAAACCGGCUUUUAUUGCUAGGCAAAUCAAAGAUUCAAAGCCAUUGAGAUCAACUAUCGGAAUUACUGUCGAUAUGAUGACAUUUGUAGAUUCUUUGCUUGAGAGUGUUCUGGUUCUAUGGAAAUGUAUGAAGGAUUUUACUGCCCCUCACAUCACGAAAGGCGAAAUGCUUGAAAAGAAGCUGAUUUCUCUGAGAUUCCUCAUUUUUACUGCAUAUUCUUGCGUUUAUGAGGACGAGACAAUAAUGAGUGAUCUCUUGAUCCAUGCUGAGGAUGUAGCUUACAAUGCUGCACACUCUUUCUUAUGUUUGGACUCGGAAAGUGUGGUGCAUUCUGAGUUCUGUAAGCUGUUGGAAACAGUAAGUCCUGUUAAACCUGAAGUGACACAGAUUUAUACGAGAGUCCUAAAAGGCCACGCAAAUUCAUCAGGAGCAAAAACUUCAAUGAUAUCUCAUGAAGUUGUGGAAGGUUUUCUCUGUUCUCUCCGAGAGGACCUAGAAGAACUGCGAAGUCGUGACGACAGCUUGAAAGUGGCCUUUGGUGAUCAUAUGCAAUGGCUUCAACAAGGAUUGGUUUACCUUGGUACUUUUCUUCUGAACUUGCCAACACCAUGCACUGAGGACGAAAAUCGAUUUUCUCUUCUAUCACAUAUUGAAUAUGUGGCUAGUGAGGCGGCAAUUCUGGUCUACUCCUUGUACGAUAAGGAUGUGGACAAGACUACUCAUUUUCCUUUGCAAGUGAAGUUUAAUCAUGUCAAGAUAGAGGUUGAGAUGGUUAAGCUACACGAAACCACCGAGGUGGCUUCUUUGAAGGAUCUGAUUGAUAAAGUUCAACAAGAGCUGAUGUUCUUGGGAGCUUUUCUCAUGGAUUCAUUGCAGCAGUGUAUAGAGCAAGCUAAGAUAACAGACAUCUUGUCGUUGCUUCUAUAUGUAACCACCGAAGCAGGAUCUGUCGUUAAUUCUCUUUCAAAUGAUUUGGAGCAAGGGGAUUUGGAAAGGGAAAUGGAUAUUGCAUAUUGCCAAUUGGUUCUUAAGUUUAAAUUUGUUAAUGCAGUACUCAGACAAACGUGUCCUGUCAUUUUUGAUUCGUCGGAAUCAAACUAUCCUAUGAGAAACUUUCUUCCUAUUAACUUUGAUGUCAUUGAUUCAUAUUUCAGCACUAAAUCCUCAAAGAUAUCAUCCUUUGGUAGCCCGAAGAUUGAUGAGGUUUUGAUGGGGUUUCUUGAAUAUAUUCUCGAUCAUCUCCAAGAGUUGCUGAAUGAUGAAGGUAGUUUGAUUGUUGCUGCUACGAAUGAGGUGAAGAAGUUCUACCAGGGAUUGUUGCUUCUAGUAACAUUUUUCAUUGACACGUCGAUCCAGUACACUGAAUGUGAGAGACAAAAUGAUCUCUUGACUGAAACUGAAACAAUAGUGAAUGAAGCUGAAUCUGCUGUCAAUUCAUUGCUUAAGACUACUGAAGUAGAGCAUGUGCUUUUCCAUUUGCAAGUUAAGCUUAAUCUUAUCAAGGUAGAGAGUGGUCUGAUUGAGCUACGGAAACAUGAAGCCACCGUGAUUUCUCCUUUGAAGGAUCUAAUUGUAAAUGUCAAGGAUGAGCUGAUAUUCUGGAGAAGUUUUCUCAUGGAUUCAUUGGAGCAGACCAAAGGGAAAACUAAAAUUACCGUUCCAUUUUCCGUGCAACUAAAGCUUAAUCAUAUAAAGGUAGAGAGCAGUUUGAUUGAGCUACUAAAACGUGGCGCCACCAUGAUAGCUCCUUUGAAAUGUCUGAUUGAAGAUGUGCAGGAAGAGCUGAUGUUCUUGAGAACUUUUCUCAUGGAUUCAUUGGAGCAGUGCAAAGAGCAAACUCAAGUAAGUGAUGUUUUGACCAUGGUUCAAUCUGUGACCACUGGAGCAGGAUCGCUCAUUAGCUCUCGUUACUUCAGUUCAAAUCGAGGAGACUUGGAUAGAGAAAUCAAUCUCAUGCAUUUCGCAUUGUUUCUUAUGUUCAAGUUCAUUAAGGCAGUGAUUAGACAGAUGUGUCCCGUUAUCUCUGCAUCCACGACAGUGAUUGAUCAUCCUUUGAUAAAUCUGCUGAACUUUGUACCUAUCUACUUUGAGGUUAUUUAUCCUUACUUUGGCUUGCUCAAAUCCACAAAGACAGUAUACUUGAGUAGCCCGAAGAUGGAUGACAUUUUGAUGGUGUUUCUUGACUAUAUUCUCAACAACAUCAGUGUACUACUGAAGAAUGAAACCAAUUUGUUUGUUACUGGUGCAAAUGAGGUGAAAAAGUUUUACCAAGGGUUGUUGCUUAUAGUAACAUUUAUUGCUGAUCCCCCGAGUCACUACAUUGAAUGCAAGAACAAAAAUGAGCUCUUGAUGGAAAUUGAAACUAUCGCAAUUGAGGCUGAAUUUGCUGUCCGUUCAUCUUAUGAGGAUCAUUCAGUGCUUUUACCAUUGCAAUUGAAGCUCAAUUGUAUUAUGGCAGAGAGCAGUCUGACUAAGCUACUUAAACAUACCGAUAUGAACCCUUUGAAGAAUCUGAUUGUCAAUGUCAAGGAAGAGUUGAUAUUCUUGCGAACAUUUUUCGUGGAUUCAUUGAAGCAGUGCCAAGGGGAAACCAAGAUUACUCUGCCAUUUCCUUUGCAGGUAAAGCUUAAUCAUGUCAAGGUAGAAAGCAGCUUGAUCGAGCUACUAAUACACGAAGCCACCUUGAUGGCUCCAUUGAAGGAUCUGCUUGACAAUGUUAAGCUAGAGCUGAUAUUCUUGAGAGCUUUUCUCAUGGAUUGGUUUGACAAGUGCAAAGAUCAAACUAAGAUAACUGAUGUUCUGACCCUGGUACAAUCCGUCACUGCUGAUACAGGAUCACUCAUUAAUUUUAUUUCUCAUAAUUCAAAGCAAGGAAACUUGUCGUGGGAAAUUAGUCUCUUGCAUUUCGGAUUGUUUCUUAAGUUUAAGUUCAUCAAGAGAGCAAUUGGACAGAUGUGUCCCAUCAUUUCUGCAUCAUCAGCUCCAGAUAAUGCUGCGAUAAAUCUGCUGGAGUUUAUUCCGAUUAACUUUGAGGUCAUUAGUUCGUAUUUCAGCAAGCUGAAAUUCUCUAAGACAUCAUUCACAGGAAUCCCAAGGAUGGAUGAGCUUUUGAUGGAGUUCCUUGAAUAUAUUCUAGAUAAUCUCCGCGAGUUACUGAAGGAUGAAGCUGAUUUGAGAUUUCAUGAGGUGACGAAGUUUUACCAAGGGUUACUUCUCAUAGAAACAUUUGUUGCUGAUAUCCCUGUUGAAUGCAAGAAACAACAGGAGCUCCUGACAGAAAUUGAAAAUAUCGCAAUUGAGGCCGAAACUGCUGUCACUUCUUGUGGUGAGAAGACUAAUGAAGCAGACCGUGUGCUAUUUCUUUUGCAAGUGAAGCUUAAUCAUAUCAAGAUAGAGAGCAGUUUGAUUGAGCUAACAAAACAUGAAGAAUUGGUAGCUCCUUUGAACGAUAUGAUCGAGAAUGUUAAGCAGGAGUUGAUAUUCUUGAGAAAUUUUCUCAUGGAUUCAUCAGAUCAGUGCAACAAGCAAACAAAGACAGCUGAUGUUUUGUGUCUGAUACAAUCUGUUACCACCGAAGCAGGAUCCGUCAUCAAUUCGGUCUCUCAUAAUUCAAAGCAAGGAGGCUUAGCUAAGGAAAUAAAUCUCUCACAUUUUCAGUUGCUUCUUAAGUUUAAGUUUAUCAAGGCAGCAAUUAGACAGAUGUGUCCCACCGCUUCUGCAUCGUCAUCAUCGAACCAUCUCAUUAUGAUAAAUCUGCUGAACUUUUUUCCUUUUGACUUUGAGGUCAUUGAUUCAUAUUUCAGCAUGCUUAAAUCCUCAAAGACAUCGUCCUUAGGUGGCUCGAAGAUGGAUGAGAUUUUCAUAGGGCUUCAUGCGUACAUCCUUGACAGCCUCAAAGUGUUACCAAAUAAUGAAGCCAAUGUUGUAUUUACUGAUAAAAGGAAAAGGUUUUACCAAGGGUUGUUGCUCCUGGUAACAUUUCUUCUUGAUCCGCCAAUUCAGUACAUUGAAUGCAUGAAGCAAAAUGAUCUCUUGACAGAAAUCGAAACUAUUGCACUCGAGGCUAAAGAUGUUAUCCGUUCAUCUUAUGAGGAUGUUGUGAAUGGAAAUGAAAGCAACAAAGUCAAUCUAGAGAUCAAGCUUUUGACAGUGGCUUUCAAGUUUAUCAAGUCUGAGGGGAACUUGACACAUCUGCUAAAGCACAAAGCCACGUUGGAAGCUCAAAUUAUAGCUCUGAUUGAAGAUACUCAUGAAGAGCUUGUUUUCCUCAGAGCUUUUUUUGUAGAUCUUCUCAGGCAACACAAAGAGCUAUACAAAUUGCAUGAUCUUCUAGUGCAUGCUGAAGUGACUGUCCACAAUGCAGUACUAAUCAGUGGUUCUUGUUGUGAGGAAAUGAGUCUUUCAUUAGUUGUGUUGCGACGUGAGAUCAAGGCUGUCAAGGCAGAGGUAAGAAGCGUAUGCUUUGAAGAUUUGGAUGCAUCAUCUUGCAACAUGACUAAGACAAAUAUAGAAGGCCUUGUCAAGUUUUUACUAAACAAUCUGGACAGGGUGUUCACCUGUGAUGCUGGUUCGAUCCCUUUUAUGAAGAAUCAAAUACCUGUCGUCCAAGAAAAUCUGGUGUGUUUGGGCUCUUUCCUUGAACAUAUUUUACAGCACCGCGACAUGCAUAAGGAAUUCAAGGACCUCGUAGAACGUGUUCAAUAGGUCGUUAAUAGUUCAAAGUAUGUCAUUUUCUUCUCUGUCAGUUGUGAUAAUCCUGUUUGGUAUCACUUGUUAUAUCCUUAUGAUGUCAAACAAGUGCAUAAAUUUGUUGAAGAAGAGGUGAAAAUGAUUUGUUAUAAAGUCCCAGACUCUUCACUCUUUGGCUUCUCCAAGACCAGUGGAUUAGGAUUCCUCAAUUAUUUUUUGGGCAAGUUGGAGGAGCUGUUACAUUCGAAGCUUGACUUAAUCACCGAACUGAAGCAUCAGAUCGGAUCAGUCAAGGAAGAGUUGAUACAUCUAAGAUCUUUUCUGAGUCAUUUUUCAGAGAACAACGGUGAGCAUGAUGAUGUUUAUGGUCUUGUAACUGAAAUGGCAUACAAAAGUGAGUAUGUUAUCGACUCUUGCUUCUCGAUUUCCUACCCACUCUGGUACAAAGUUCAUUGGAUUUCUGAAGUUGUCGAGAAUAUUAAGCUUCUUAAUAAAGAUGUUAGUGAGAUAUUUAGAAGAAAGCAUAUUGAAGUGACGCUGCAUGAAGUUGCAAAGACUUCCACUUAUCUUAUUGAGCCAUCUUUAUUAGCUAAUGCCCCAACAGAAAAUGAAGAAAUGGUGCUUUUCCAGGAUGUGAUGGAGAUAAUAAAAAAGCAAUUACUUGGUGGAUCGUCUCAGCUAGACGUUAUCUCAAUAGUAGGCAUGCCUGGUUUAGGCAAGACUACUCUAGCCGAGCAGAUUUACAAUGAUCAGAUAGUUGCCGGUUACUUUGAUGUUCAUGGUAAGUGUCAUGUGACUCAAACAUAUUCAUGGAGAGAAUUGUUACUUACUCUUUUGAAUGAUGUUAUGCCUUCUGAUCACACGAAGAAAGCAGAUGAUCAAUUAGCUAAAGAGCUACGUCAAGUUUUGUUGACGAAGAGAUUCUUAAUCCUCAUUGAUGAUGUAUGGGACACAAAAGCAUGGGACUAUAUACAUAUGUGCUUUCAAGGUAUUUAAAAUGGUAGUAGAAUAAUCCUAACUACUCGGCUCUCUGAGGUGGCGCAAUAUGCUAAAUGUGAAAGUAAUCCCCAUGAUCUUCCUUUACUAACAGAUAAUGAGAGUUGGAAGUUAUUACAGAAAAAGGUUUUCCAUCGAGGCAGCUGUCCACCUGAACUUGGAGAUGUGGGAUUUCGAAUAGCAAAAAGUUGUGGCGGGUUGCCUCUAUUCAUCGUGCUAGUAGCUGGUGUUCUGAAAGAGAAAAAUGAAAAAGCAGAUUUGUGGAAAGAAGUAGAAGAAAGUCUAGAUGCACUGAACAUCGAUAGCCUGGAAGAGCGCAUGUCGAUAAUUGGAUUCAGUUACAUGAAUUUACCACAUCAUCUGAAGCCUUGCUUUUUGUAUUUUGGAGGAUUUUUGAGGGGCAAGAGCAUACACGUCUCGAAAUUGACAAGGCUAUGGUUGGCAGAAGGUUUCGUACUUGAACAUAACGAAAAAGGACUUGAAGAUGUUGCAGAAGAUUUCUUGAAAAACCUUAUUAGUAGAAAUCUAGUCAUGGACAUGGAGAAAAGGUUCAAUGGCAAGAUGAAAACGUGUCGUGUUCAUGAUCUAUUGCACAAAUUCUGCUUGGAGAAGGCCAAACAGGAGAAUUUUUUGCUCUGGAUCUAUAGAAAUGAUGAUGCGAAUGCUCGUAUCUAUCCUGACAAGCCUGAAGAAUAUCGUUUGUCCAUACAUUCUUGCCGGGAUGAGUUUGCUGAGUGGCGUCCACAUAGCUCAAGUAUCCGCUCUUUACUGUUCAAUGCCACCAGUGAUGAUCAGUAUACUACAGUGGCGCGUGAUAUCUCCUUCAUCCUUAACAGCUUCAAACUCGUUAAGGUAUUGGAUUUGGAAUCGAUCAACAUUGGUUAUACUUUUCCAACUGAAAUAGAGUCUUUAAUUCAUAUGAAGUACUUUGCUGCUCUGACUGGAGCAGAUACGAUUCCUUCAUCUAUAGCUAAGCUUUGGAAUCUUGAAACGUUCAUCAUAAAAGGUAUGCGAGGACAGGUAACAUUACCAUGCUCACUUUUGAAUAUGACUAAGUUGAGGCAAAUACAUGUAAAUGACCGUGCUUCAUUUGAUCUCGACAAUAUGAGUAAAUCCCUUGCUGAUUCUCAGUUAGUUAACUUGCAAACCUUUUCCACUCCAUAUGUCUCUUAUGGUGAAGACGCGGAAAAGAUAUUGAGAAAUAUGCCAAAUUUGACAAAGCUAAAAUGUAUAGUUGGUUGUUCAAGGAAAUGGAGAGGAGAAUGUGUUCUGAUUCCUAGAUUAGACUAUCUAAGUCGUCUCGAAUCACUUAAUCUGUUCUCCAACAACUGUCCAGUUGAAUGUCUACGAGGAUUCAAUUUCCCUUCCGAGCUAAGGGAGUUAACUUUGUCAUGUAACUUGGAGGUUCUAAAGUUAGUAAACAACGCCUUUGCAGGAGUUCAGUGGAAUGUGAAUGAUACAGAGUUCCCUCAACUCAAAUACUUGAAACUGGACAGCCUCAACUUUGCUAAAUGGUCGAUUUCUGAGGAUUCGUUCCCUAGUCUUGAACGUUUGGUUUUAACAAACUGUAAGAGGCUUGAGAACAUCCCUUCUCAUUUCGAGGACGUUGUUUCUCUAAAAAGCAUUGAAGUAAACUGGUGCAGCUGGUCUGUUGCUAAUUCAGCAGAGGAGAUUCAAACAACGCAAAGGGAAGAUAUGGCAAAUGAUGCGUUCACCGUUACUAUACAACCUCCUGAUUGGGAUAGAAGGUCAUGAUCUCCUUGACUCGUAUCUGGUAUGUUAAACCUUGCCACGUUCAUCUAUCAGAUGGUCAUUCAACUAAUAGUUAUUACUUCAGAAAAUCGUCUUUCUUUCUUUAUUCCAAUCUUCUUUCAACAAAGAAAGUGACUUUCUGAAAUAAUAAGUACUAUUAGUUGAAUGUCCAAGAAAUCCACUCAUUCAUUUUUUUGUAUUGCAGCGGAACAUGUUGAUUUGUAAGUGUUAUACUUGUGUUGGUAUCUUGAGCUCCUUGUACGGCCUAGACAAUCUUAGCUUGUGGGGUGUGAGUUAGACUCAA